UUUUUCUUUCACAUAUAAAUAAAUAACAAGUGAUUGUAAAAGUGACUUUUUGUUAAUAACGCCCUGCUGCAUUAGAACAUUCUUUUAUCAAUCAAAAUAGUGAACAUUUUUGUGGUCCUUCGAGUCGUGAGGGUCAUUGUGCGCGUGAACAAGAUCGCCAUUUUGUGAAAAAUUGUGUCUAAUCUUUGUCUCAAGGAGGUCGUCACGUGACCAAGUGAUCCAUUCAACAUUCAUCAAUUCAUUCAGAUUGUGCUGCACUCUGGCGGGCGGCGGGCAGAAGCAACCUAUAUUUGUCAAUAUCGGUCUUAAAACACUCGAGUCCAGGCCAAAAAAAUUGACACAAAAAAAAGAAGCGACAGGCUUAUUUCAACGUCAUCAGGCUUCUUUCAUUUUUUCUAUUGUUUUUCUACGUGUUAUUUUUUCGACAUGACGGAACAAGAUAAUUUUCAAGAAUUACAACAAUUAAAACAACAGAGAAGUUCAUUAAAAGGAAAACUCACACGUAUAUGUAAUUUCAUACAAAGUUAUAGUGCUACGAACAAUACACUUCAUGAGAUCAAGGCGCGUCAAGCCGAACUGGAGAAAAUUUUCAUUAGAUUCGACGAGUUGCAAUCUGCGAUCGAGUGCUGUGAAUGCGACGAUCCAGAACGUCAAGAGAUUUACGAGCAAGAACGACAAACUUUUGAAGACAAAUAUUACUUGGUGAAGUCGAAAAUGGACGCCUUACUAACUGGGCCUAUUAUUACCGCACGAUUGUCAACAGAUCAUCAACAGCUUAGUUCGACCUUGAAUCACGAUACCAUGUACAAGAAACCACGCGUUAAGUUACCUCAACUGGAAUUACCAAGGUUCGAUGGUGAUAUUCGGCAAUGGCCGGCAUUCAAGAAUAUCUUCAUGGCUUCCGUAGAUGACACCGACAUACCAGUGGUCAACAAAUUACAAUAUCUGAAGUCGUCACUCACGGGAGAAGCAGCGAUCCUUAUAUCCUCAUUGCUAGUGACGGAGGAAAAUUAUACCAAGGCCAUGGAAAUUCUAUCAAGAAGGUACGAAAAUAAAACAAUAAUUGUUAACUAUCACUUGAAAUCGAUCACUAAUUUUUCAACUAUCACAAGAUAUAACCUUAAAGAUUUCUUAGUAACAUUACAACAAAGUUUAGACUCAUUAAAGGCUAUUAAGCUACCAGUUGACAGUUGGGACGCAUUAUUAGUGUUUAUAAUCUCUCAAAAACUUGAUAAUUCAUUGCGAGCUGCAUGGGAGCUCAAUAGAAAGGAAAAUACGAUCCCUACAAUGUGUGAAUUGCUUGAGUUCCUUAACGCGCGUAGAACUGCAUUUGAAAUGUUAAAUGCUGAUAAGUACAUUGAUAAGACAUAUGUCAAAACCUCCCAUGUCACAUCUGCUGUAAAUUCAUCUUGUAUAUUGUGUCAAAACCAACAUCAAUUGCACAAGUGUCCUAAUUACUUAGAACUCUCAGUUAAUGAUCGUAUAAAAAUGAUUAAAGCUAAAUCAUUGUGUUAUAACUGUUUACAGCCCUACCGAGCAAAUCAUGUGUGCUCAAAAUACAAAUGUCUAACAUGCCAUGGUAGACAUCACACCAGUAUACAUAUGGACAGAAAUCUACAGCAACAGCAGCCAUCAUCCAAAUCCAAGAUGCAUCCGGAAAGUGGAUAAACGCUCGAGCUCUCCUGGACGCAGGUAGCGAGGUCAACAUUGCUACCCACAGACUGGCAUCCAUGCUUCAGCUUGCAUGUAAAGGUGAUAUUUGUAAUAUUAGUGGCAUAGGUAACACCCAAAAACAAUCUCAAAUGAGUAUACAUACUAGUAUUUCUUCACGUUAUACUAACUACAAGGCUGAUCUCACAUUCAUUGUGUUGGAUAAUAUAGCAGUGCCGCUACCACACAACUAUAUACCUACACAUACCUGGCACAUACCAACUAAACAAGCACACACGCUUGCUGACCCUACUUUUUUCAUACCUAGCUCAAUUGACUUGCUUAUUGGAGCUGAGCUCUUCUACUCCAUACUACUGACAGGACGUAUAAAACUUGGUUCAUGCUUACCUUUCUUAAUUGAAACUACCCUAGGAUGGGUUGUAUCAGGUUCUUACAUUCCUGAUUCUAGUGAGCUUACUUCUGACUGCACUACACCUGUUAGCAUGCAUUUAUCACCUACUCCCACAGAUGGCAUACUCCAAUCUUUCCGGGAACAGGAGGAAGUACUGUCUACACAAAAGUUAAUCUCUCCUGAUGACAAAUACUGUGAGGAGUUGUACACCUCAACCACUACACAGAAUAAUGAUGAUAUAAUAUCUACUGCUCAAGUGGUUAAUAUUUGCUCUACAACAGGUAUUAAUUAUUCAUUUUUCUAUGAGCAUUUUAAAAGGUUUUCUAGCUAUACUAACUUGUCUAGAUCAAUUUCAUACUUAUUCAGAUUCAUACAUAAUUUGAAAAACAAGCAUAAUAAACUUACUUCUCAUUUAUCUGUUUCAGAGCUUAAACACUCACAGACUUUCAUUCUACAGGCCACACAGCAUCAUUCAUUCCAUAAGGAAAUCCA